GCAGAGAUCAGAGAUCCAAAAAAGAAUGGUGCUAGAGUUUGGUUAGGAACUUAUUUGACCGAGGAGGAGGCAGCUUUGGCUUACGACAAAGCUGCUUUCAAGAUGCGUGGCCAAAAAGCUAAGGUUAAUUUUCCCCAUCUCAUUGGCAAUGACGUGUCUAAGUCAGUACCGGAGAGGGAAGUGGUUUCAGUGGUUUUGAAACGGGACUCGCCAGAGUCUUCAUCGUCCGAGGGAAGUUGCGAGUCAUUGUCACCUGGAUCGAAGAAGAGGAAGGGCAUGGCUGAUCUACUUAACAAAUUAGCGAAGAGUCGAUGUAAAGCUAUGGUGGUUGAGAAUGAGAAAUCCUUACAAGAAAAUGAUUUUGAGCAAUGGGUGAAUGGGUUGAAUGAUUGCACUCUAAUCUGGAGCUCCUAGAGUAGUUCUGUUAAUUUUAUGUUUUCUAUUAUUUUUUCAU